AUGCCGCGGUCUCGCAACGCGUCCCCCACUGAGGAGCUGCGUGGAGCCCUCGAGAGCAAAAUCUCUGACUGGGGAAGUGUUGAAAUGGACCACAAUCGCAUUUUUAGUCUCACUGACUACGACUACCCCGACCAGCACCUUUUGCGCUCCUUUUGCACCGCCCCUGCCAUUCCGUGGAGUGCCUUCAGCCCUAUGCGAGGGAUCACCGCAAUCCCCCAGGAGAUGUGUGCACAGAGCAUCAUGGAAAGCCUUGCCAAGCUCACCAGUAUCAACAGUAGCCGAAACAACAGUGCCAGUAGCAACAAUACGAGUGCGACAGGGACCCAAAAUGGCAUUGCGGAGCCCAUAAGGUCCGUUGCGAGGUUCUUUGAGGAACUUUGCCCAGAUCUCUGCGGCAAGACGAAGGAUGCGUUGUACCGAGGAGCCACCCACCUAAUGUUGGCUGUCGUUACUGGAAGCGUCGAAACUGCGCGGCGCUGCCUGGAGCUUGGGGCAGAUCCGAAUAAUAUGAGCUUUCUUAGCGAUCCUGAUGUUGCUGUGAAUCAAAUGCAGCAUGGCUACAGUCCAAUGUUCAUUGCCGUCAUCGUAGGAAGGUUGGAUGUCAUGUCACUGUUGCGUGAAUUUGGAGGCAGCAUUCACGUCUACGAUCGCUGGGGUCGCACCCCGUUGCAUGCAGCGAUGACGAUAGGAAAGACGGAGGUGGUGGAAUGGUUGUUGGCUGAGGGUGCCCCGCGUUGCAUUGGAAACUGUGUUACAAUGUUGCCGGACUCCGCCGCUUGCCGCGAACUCAUGCUGCCCAUUCCCGCCCUUCAUAUCCGACCUGAGCCGCGAAGUCACGCUGAAGCGGCUGUCUUGUGCCACUGCGGCACGAAACGCCCUAAGGGGUACUGCGGUUGUGUGGAUGACAUGUUUCUUCGCUGGUCGUAUGAUCGCCUGCAGGGGCGCUGGCUUUCUGGCAUGGACUUGAGCGCCCUGUCGGCGGCGUACGAGUCCGGCACUCGUCCACCAUCUUGUGUGCGGUAG